CAGAUCGACCCCCAGCCCUCCUCCCCAUACCCUCACUCCCCUCCCUCUGCCAGCAAUGGCCUCCAAAUUCUUCCCCGCCGUCCCGCGGACUGGCCGCCAGCUCUUCCAGCAGAUCCCCAAGACCCAAUUCAGACCUUUCUCGGCUGGUCCGCAACGCUACAGCGACUCCCUGGCCGUGCACCGCAACAAAGGCGACAACAACCCGUCCGUCCCGUUCAAGUUCUCCGAACAGAGCCUCAAACUCAUCGAUGAAAUCCUCAAGCGUUAUCCCCCCCAGUACAAGAAGGCCGCCGUCAUGCCGGUGCUGGAUGUGGGCCAGCGCCAGCACGGCUACACCAGCAUCAGUGUCAUGAACGAGGUCGCCCGUCUCCUCGAGAUGCCCCCCAUGCGUGUCUAUGAAGUCGCAACCUUCUAUACCAUGUACAACCGUGAGCCUGUCGGCAAGUACUUUGUCCAGCUUUGCACAACGACACCCUGCCAGCUCGGUGGUUGCGGUAGCGACAAGAUCGUCCAGGCGAUCACGGAACACCUGGGUAUCACCCCCGGACACACUACCAAGGACGGUCUUUUCACUUUCAUCGAAGUCGAAUGCUUGGGUGCUUGUGUCAAUGCUCCCAUGGUCCAGAUCAACGACGACUACUACGAGGAUCUCACCCCCGAAUCGAUCAAGACCCUCCUCACCGCACUCAAGGACUCCGCGACUGCCACCGAGGCGGGCCAGACCGUCAAGGUGCCCGCUCCGGGUCCCCUGAGUGGAAGAGAUACUUGCGAGAACAGCGCGGGAUUGACCAACCUGGUCGAGCCCGUGUGGGACCCCGCCACGAUGAUGAGAAAGGACGGUGCUUUGGACGCUCAAGCACAAUAAAUGAAGAUAAACCUAUAAUUCAAGCAGAGAAUAUAGUUUCGAUACCGUGCGCUGGAUGGUUGCAAUUGUCAUGUUCCCUUUUUUUCCUUUUCUGCCCUGGUUGGUGAACUGGACGGGCCACCAGGUAACGCUUAUGUACAGUACGUUGUUUCUGAUAUUCCUCUUUUUGCGUAGGGGAAAGUCAGAAGAUGGUGGGAUCGAUUUAAGCAC